AUGGAGACACGAAAAAGAAUAUCUCCUAACAUUUUAAUUACAGGCACACCGGGCGUUGGUAAAUCGACAAUCAGUAGAUUACUGGCAGAAAGAACAAAAUUUGCUUGGAGGGAAGUGUCUAAAUUAGCAGAAGAGUAUAACUGUCUGGAUGAAUAUGAUCCUGAAUAUAAUUGUCCAUUUUUGAAUGAAGAUAAGCUACUCGAUGUAAUGGAGGGAAUGGUUGCAAAAGGUGGUAACAUAGUUGACUACCAUGGCUGUGAUUUCUUCCCGGAACGAUGGUUUGACGGUGUGUUUGUUGUUAGAACAAAUAAUACUUCCUUAUAUGACAGAUUAACUGCCAGAGGUUACACAGGGAAAAAGUUAGAGGAUAAUAUACAAUGCGAGAUAUUUGAGACUCUGUUAGAAGAGGCGCAAUCAUCAUAUAAACCAGAAAUAGUUCAGGAACUGCAAAACAACACAGAGGAUCAGCUACAUUCUAACAUAAAUACGAUAGUCGAAUGGAUUGAAAGAUGGAAAGAGGAAAAUAUAUAA